AAAUUUUUGUAGUGAUUCACACAAAACAAUGAAAUGACAAUGACAGACUCAGAUUGACAUCAAUAAUGGUUUUCAAAAGAAUUACAGUAUCCAAUUACUUCAGAGAAAGACUUGUCACCUGAUAAUAUAUUACGCCCCCUUUUUCUUUCCAUUAAACCAGUUCUCUAUUCUAUAAUUUCUAAUCUUUUUCUUCCGUGUAUUAUGACAAAUAUCAUGAAGUUGUCAUAACGUCACCAAACAGUCCAAACACACGUCAAGUGAUGGUUGAAUUGAGAAAAAAUAAAAAUUUGGUAAAAUAAAGCAAUGGGCGACUACAUAAAUUCCAAUCAAAAUGAUUUUUACUGGGCGCAACAGCCCCAGAUGCCUGGACAGACUUAUUACGAGCAGGACUACAAUCAGUUUCAAAAUCAACAGUUAGAAUUCAACACUAAUACCGAUUAUGCGAACCAAAACUUUGCCAGCUAUCCUCCUCAGAUGCUUAUCCCAGAACCGUAUGAAAACUUUCAAAAAGAAGUAGAUGAAUUCGACGAACCACCUUUUCUUGAAGAGAUGGAAAUUUAUCCAGACAGAAUUCUGGAGAAGAUCUUAGCAGUACUGAAUCCUUUAAGGGGCCACAGCCUGGCGGAUGACGCCGAAUAUCUCACGAAAGAAUCUGACUUAGCUGGACCAGUCUUUUUCUGCAUCCUACUAGCUUUCAGCUUAUUCUUGGCAGGCAAAAAUGCUCAUUUCGGAUACAUAUAUGGAAUCACAAUGAUUUGUUGUGUAGUAAUGUAUUCCUUACUCUCACUUAUGACUGAGGGUCGAGGUGUAUUUUCACUAAGCACAGUAGCUAGCAUAUUAGGUUAUUGUCUAAUACCAAUCUUAGGGCUCUCAUUUCUGGGAAUCUUUGUAAAACUGAGCGGUCCUGUAGGUUUAGGUUUAGCAGUUGCUGUUAUCAUAUGGGCAAGUGUAUCUGCUUCAAGACUGUUUGUAGCUGUUUCAGGUGAUAAGGAGCAGCAGCUGUUGAUAGCAUAUCCAUGCAUGUUGGUAUAUGGAGUCUUUACAUUGUUGGUGGUAUUUUAAGUAUAAAUGUAUAUUUUUUAAUAGUGUAAACUUUUGAGGCUAAUUUAAUAUUUAUACAUUGUAUAUAUUCUAAUAAAUUGCAUUUUUUAACAAGAUAUA